AUGUCACGAAUGUCGUCGUCCGAGAAGGCAGUGACUGUGUGUGUAUUGUUCAUAGUAAAGACACUAGUGGUCCUGGGCGUGUCAGUCGCUAUCGCAGUGGCAGCCUUGGACCCUCUGGACAGCGUUGCUGCGGACGACGGUAACGGACCCGAAGCUCAAGUAGAAGCGGCACCGAGUUUGCCCCCAAAGAUGAGCCGAGCGAUCCGCACUCAAUCGCGACAGAAACCUAAGCUGAGACCGCUCAAACAUGUCCAGUGGCUUCAUUCACUACAACUUUGGGUGCAGCAGGUGCUCCACCAGUUGCACCCCGAUGUGUCGAUCAUUCCAGUAACAGUCAUGCGAUCGCUUGCGAUUCCACACCCUCCCCUUCACCGCAUCAUAUUCCAACGAUCCCCCCUUUACGGCAUCCACUUCGACCCCCGAUCGCUCGUUCGUAAAGUGCAAAGUAUCCCUGUGCCCUACGCACGAAUCCAUCGAUGGCUCGCUCUUGCGGUGCUGCCAGCAGUCCGGGGACGUCGGCAACGCCAGCCCCCCCUCCACGUCAUCGCGAAGCAGCACGUCUACAACGCCGUGCGACUCAUUCAAGGGUUCGUCCGCGGUCGCCUCGCCAUCAUGUUGUUGGCGUCCAAGCAAAAGUACUUUUCCAGCCUCGUCCAUUCAACACACUUGAUCGCCCUCGGUCGAGGUCGCCGUGCAGCCAUUUUACUCCAAGCAUGCUGGCGCUACUACCAAUCCGGUCGGUUCUGGCGAGUCUAUAGCAGCGUGUAUCGUAUUCGACUUUUGGUGCUCGCACACCGACUACGCCGGUCCCGUCACGCGCUCGCCAUGACCCCUCACGUCAAGGAAGUGUACCCCAUUCUCAUCGCCAAGUGGUUCAACGUCAGACCUGCCAACCCCACGUCCCGCGUCUGGUUUUGCAGACGACCGAGCAUCAUAGCCUUGAUCAUGUGGGGUUACCAGUGCGCUGCAGGGUUUACGUUCUUCAAUGUGCCUCUUGCCACGGAAAAUGUGGAGUUCACGACGCCCGACAUGGUUGCAAGUGAGUGA